AACCAGGCGGUAACAGAUCAAACAUAAACUCGUGAACCAGUUAUCUGUUUAAGAAAGAACGACAAAACUUUAUCGUUUAUGAUUAGAUCUAAUUCUUAUCCAGCUCUGAAAGAUGUCAAAUGAACAGCCUUUGAAGAUUUUGUGCAUACAUGGUUACAGGCAAGAUGGUAAAGUUUUUAGGGAGAGGACUGGAGCUUUCAGAAAAAUAAUAAAGAAGCAUGCUGAUCUUGUUUUCAUCACAGCGCCAAACAGAGUACCUCCAUUAGAAACAGAUGGUGGGGCUGCUGACAGCACUGUAGAUACAGAUGCAAGAGGUUGGUGGUUUUCUAGGAGUGAAGACAAUUAUUACAAUCCUCUAGAUUACACAGAUAGUUCCAAAGGCUUUGAAGACUCAUUACAGUGUAUAAUACAGACAUUUAAAGAGCAGGGACCAUUUGAUGGAAUAUUAGCUUUUAGUCAGGGAGCUGCCUUUCUGUCACUUUUAUGUAGCAUACAGCAAAAAGAAACAGGUAAGGAAAAUCACUUUACUAUUGCAGAUUCUCCUAUCAAAUUUGACUUUGCCAUAUUUGUGUCUGGUUUUAAGAGUCGACAAAAAGAGCAUGCCCAGUUUUAUGACGUCACUAUAGAAAUUCCCACCUUGCAUGUAUUUGGUGAAACAGAUAAAGUGAUUGCAAAAGAGAUGAGUGAAGAUUUACUACUGUGCUAUAAAGAACCAAUGGUACUACAGCAUACAGGUGGACAUUUUAUACCAGCUGCAUCAGCUCAGAAAAAAAAAUAUCUGGAGUUUUUAGACUUGAUGAUUGCAAGGAAAAAAUAAAAAUUGAAAUGUUGA